AUGCAUCCAUCCGAAUCUCAAAAGACUCCCGUCAAGCUUGCCAAGGUUACCAAGGUUCUCGGCCGUACUGGCUCCCGUGGUGGUGUCACUCAAGUCCGCGUUGAAUUCAUGGAUGACACCUCUCGCUCCAUCAUCCGUAACGUCAAGGGACCUGUCCGUGAAAACGACAUUCUCUGCCUUCUCGAAUCUGAACGUGAGGCUCGUCGCCUCCGUUAAGCAUGUUUACUGUUUAAACAUGUAGAUGUAGACAGCAACCAACAAAAAAAAAACUCACAAAUUAAAUCAGAUCCCAUUUGGUUACAAAUAAAGACUGAGGAUUAAUUCUUAAAAGUUGGCAGAUAUA